AUGUCAUUGCAUUCUGCUGUAAAAUUACUCGAACAUCGUCCUCGUAAACAAACAAAAGCAGAAUAUAUACCUUAUGAAUAUACUAAAGAUGAAGACCAAUUAAGAGAAAGAUCACGUACAAUAAAUCGUCAUGGUACUUCAAUUAGUAUUCCGCCUACACUUUUACGACAAGCUACCUGUGAACGAGCACCAUCUUAUGUAGGUGUCAAACCCACUAUAUUGAUAUAUAAUAGUGAUACACUCGAAACACCACUUUAUACAGCCAUUAAAGAUAUUCGAGCAAUACGUAGCGAUGAAUGUUUAUGGAUUGAUGUGCCUGUUACACAAGAUGAAGUUUUAUUAACAAGUAUUAGUGAACGUUUUAAAAUUCAUCCAUUAGUUAUAGCCGAUAUCGAAACAACUGAACAACGCACAAAAUUAGAUGUUUUUGAAGAUGCUUUUUUUCUUGUUCUUAAAUUAAUCUAUCCUACACGUGGUACAGAUGAAACUUCUAUUGAUCAAAUUUGUUUUUAUAUGAAAGAAAAUAUUCUCAUUACUUUUCAACAAAAACCAAAAGAAAUUUUCGAUCCAAUCAAAAAUCGAAUUUGUCAGAAUAGAGGUCGAAUACGAAAAUCAAAAAUUGAUUAUUUGUUUUAUUCAUUAUUUGAUACAAUUGUUGAACGAUAUAUGGAUGUAUUAGAUGGAGUUGGUAUAAAAAUUGAAGCAAUUGAACAUAAUCUAAUGGAAAAAUUAUCACGCGAUACACUAGCGUCAAUCUAUGAACUUAAACGUGAAAUGCUUUUUUUCCGUGGUUCAAUAGUGCCAUUAAAAGAAAUUAUAAUUAAAUUACAAAAAGAAGAAGAAACACAAAUCAUCCAAGAGGGUACAAUUAUUUAUCUGAAAGAUUUAUAUGAUCAUGUUGUUCAAGUUAAUGAUACAAUUGAUGCAUAUCGUGAAAUGCUUGCUUCGUUUAUUGAUUUUUAUAUGAUGAUAAAUUCAAAUGGAAUGAAUGAAGUUAUGAAAACUUUAACUAUUAUUUCAACAAUAUUUAUUCCAUUAACAUUUAUAGUAGGUGUAUAUGGAAUGAAUUUUGAUAAUAUGCCUGAAAUACAUUGGAAAUAUGGAUAUAUGGGUGUACUUGUUUGUAUGGUAACAUUAACAAUUAUUAUGUUAAGUUGUUUUAAAAAGAAGAAAUGGUUUUAA